AAUGAAAUUUAUCCACAAAAGAAGCAAAGAAGAAAUUUCCACUCACAAAAACAGCAAAGAAAAUAUUUUUUUUUGUUUUAAUUACAAACUAUUUCCCCGUUUACCAAUUUAUUUUUAAAAUAGAAUUAAAAAAGAAAUAUUUUCUCCAUUUCUUGAACGUGAACCCCGAGAGGAUAAUCGAAUGAAUCCCUAACAAAAGAACAUUACUAUUUUCAAAAAUAAUAAAACAAGAAGAAAAUCAUUGAAUCAUUACAAAGCACUGCGUGUGCUAAAGCGACUUUCAACAAGAAACCAAGAAAAAAUUACAUCUUGCAAAAUAUCUGCAAUAAAUCAUGGCUAAUAUUACCGUUGGCCAAAUAAUUGUUGACGCGCAACGUAUGGCCAGCCGAAUCAAGGACUUGGAAGUCUUGAGCGGUGGCCUACUGAUGGAGGCAGAGGGCAAUAAUAGACAUUUGGAGGCAAUGAGAAAGUUUCAAGAUGACUUGGACUCGUUGAAUCGUAUUACACGUGACAAAUCUAACGCCGAUAUGGUCAAUCGGAUAAACGUCCAGAACCCGUGCAUAAGAAAAGUUCGCGAGGAAAAUCGUGAGCUUAAAGCUUGCCUGGAGGAUCACGAAAGGGCCUUGGAGCUCAUAAUGCAUAAAUAUCGAGAGCAUACACAGAGCAAGGUUCUCACAAGUCAAAUCAACUUCAAGGAAAUGUACAACGAGAAUCUGUGGAAAAUAAUCCGCGAACAGGCAGACAAAAUCACGGAAAUGGCCGCAGUUAUGCAGCGAGCCGCCUCAAUUGAUGACGACGCUAUGUACAAAGAAAUCGAAUUGCUGACAAAACUAAAGAUCGAAAACCAGAAUCUAAGGGAAAUGCUUCAGAUCUCGAAUAAAUUUGAUUCAACUGGUAAACUUAUAACCCCGAAUGCGCAUCUGCUCGAGGACAAAGCAAUUCAAACAGAGAAUGCCAUGUCCAUCAGUACAACAGAAUCAGAUCAUGAAUCAUCGUCGAAGACUUGUGCGAAUGUAGCUAACAAUAAUAACACCCCCAAUAGCUCCACCAGUGAAGACCAAAUUAUAGUCACACAAUCUUUGGAAUCGAGUGGCAACAACAACGUUGUGGCGAUAGCAAAUACGCCACCGUCGCCCAAUGCGGCCAUAGACAAUUCCAUCAUAGCAAAUUCAACGGCCUCAACCAUAACUGCGGCCGUCAGCAAUCUCGAAAAGAGCCUAAAAAACACCCUGAAUAUGUCCAACAGCAGCAGCAGCAGCGAUGACAGCCGAAUCGACGUGCAACAGAAUUCUGAAACACCAAAUAAUCCAAACAAUGUAAUCACAGCUGCCCCAACUACGUGAUAGAAAGGAACAAGUCUAGAACAUGCUUCAAAUUUACACAACACACGCUCCAUCUCUCUUGCUUAUUAAUUAAUUAAUUAAUGAAAAAAACAACAACAACAAUGAGUUAAUGCUUUUUAAUAUUUUGUAUUCUUGAAUUUAUCUUAAUCUUUUUAUUAUAUCGCAAUUUUUAAGAGCGAUGAGUUUCUUGUGUCUUCAUUUAGUAUUUUUUAACCCUCUACUGUAAGCAAAGACAAAUUUGAAUCAGUUUUUAUUUUUAAUUACAUUUUUUUGACUCCAUAAUUAACUUCUAUAUCGAGGAAGUGGGAAAUAAGAAAUAAUUCCGAGAUAUUUAGGAGUUCAUUGAAGAGUGCAGCGGAAGAGACCAAUUUGAACCAUAUUUUCUAGUUUAUUUGUUUUAUAUUUUAUUUUUCCGUAGCCUAAGUUAAAAACAAAUAUACACAUUUAAAAAGUUUUA